AUGUCGACGGCGACGGCUGCGGCGUUGUACGCGCAGCCAACAGACGUGACUCUCGUGAAGGACUUCCUGCGGCCGUGGGUGACAUCGGGCGACACCAAGGCGGGCGGCGCCGGCGCCGGCGCCGCCGCGUACGUGCACGCGGCUGAUCUCUACUCCGCGGACCCCGAAGAGUUGGCGCGCGCGUUCCAGCCUGCCGUCUCUCGGGACGGCGACGCCGUCUGGUACUUCCUUAGUCCGCUGCGCACCAAGAGCCCCCGUGAUCGGCGCAAGGUGCGCGCCGUCGCCGAUGGCACGGGGUGCUGGCAUAGCGAGGCCGGGCCUAAGAACGUCAUUGACCACCUCGACGGCGGACGUCACGUCGGCUACCGCCAGAGCUUUUCGUUCAUGCGGAGGCGCGAAACUGGUCCUGACGUUCGAGCUGGCUGGGUAAUGGCGGAGUUCCACCUUCACCACGAAAACUUGGGGAGGAAGGUUGAGGGCCUCGUGCUGUGUAAGAUGUACCGCAGCCCGCGUAUCCAUGGUCCUGCGGUGGUGCCUGACAGUGACGACAUCGUGCACUCCGACGUGUCACUGUACGCGGAAACAAUGUUUUGUUGUGGGAAGAGCAAGGCGGUCGACGAUGACGACGACUCCUACAGUGUGCCGCCAAGAUGGCAACGACGACAUGCCAUGAACUCGGACCGCACGGCCACGGCCACAGCAAUGACAGCGUCUCUUCUCAAGAAGAAGGUGGACGGCGAUGACGCGGUCUCCGGCACGACCAUGGCUGCGGUGCCGUGCCCCAAUAACAAGGUGGUGGUGGCGGAUGACGAGGACUUGUUGGUGUUACCGCCCGCACGAAAGAAGAUGAAGGUGGCGGUGGCGGAUGCCGAUAGCUCCGGCACAGCGUUGGCGCUCAAGGCGACCGCCGCUGGCGCCCCGUCUAUGGCGGCCCAGCUGCACUGCCCCCAGUGUGGGUUCCACCUCGCCGCUCUGCAGGCGCUCGUGACCCUUACCAAAUCCAAGUCGAUCAUGCCCUGGUCAUGCCCUGAGGAGAUGUAG